GCUUCCUUUCUUUUUUGAUAUCGCAAUCAACGUGACUCGUUCUUUUUCCGCUUUGAACUUUGAAGAUGGCGGUCGGUAAAAAUAAGGGACUCUCCAAAGGAGGCAAAAAAGGUGGCAAGAAGAAGGUCGUAGAUCCCUUCUCCCGCAAGGAUUGGUACGAUGUUAAAGCCCCCAACAUGUUUGUUGUUCGCCAAGUUGGCAAAACCUUGGUCAACCGUACCCAGGGUCAGAGAAUCGCCUCUGAUUACUUGAAGGGCCGUGUCUUCGAAGUCGCUUUGGGCGAUUUGCAAAAGGACAACGAUUCCGAACGUUCUUUCCGUAAAUUCCGUCUCAUCGCCGAAGAUGUGCAAGACCGUAACAUCUUGUGCAACUUCCACGGUAUGGAUUUGACCACCGAUAAAUACAGAUCCAUGGUCAAGAAAUGGCAAACCCUCAUCGAAGGUAUUGUUGAAGCCAAGACCACCGAUGGCUACUUGCUCCGUGUCUUCUGCAUCGGUUUCACCGCAAAGGAUCAACAAUCCCAACGCAAGACCUGCUAUGCCCAACACUCUCAAGUCCGUAAGAUUCGCGUCAAGAUGCACGAAAUCAUCACCGAAGAAGUCACCAAGUCUGACUUGAAGCAGUUGGUUGGCAAAUUGGCUUUGGACUCCAUUGCCAAGGAUAUUGAGAAGAAGUGCCAACGUAUCUAUCCUUUGCACGAUGUCUACAUCCGCAAGGUUAAGGUAUUGAAGAAGCCCCGUUUCGAUUUGUCCAAAUUGUUGGAAUUGCACGGUGAUGGUGGUAGCAAGAGUACCGAAGCCGUUGUCUCGGCUGAAGGUGCCGUCAUCGACAGACCCGAAGGUUAUGAACCUCCAGUACAAGAGUCUGUUUAAGAAGUUUAUAUUUUAAAUGCAUAAUACCUGGAAGUAACAUUCGUUGUAGAAAA